AACAUAUUUUAAGAAAGCUACACUUGUGAAAAGGUUUGCUUUAUAAAAGAACUUUUGAUUAAGAUUAGGUUGACUUGUCUUUCCAUGCUCUUUCAUUUUUGCUCAAAGGAAGAAAAGAAACACAUAGCAGAGCUAUCCACUCCCAUAUUUGUACGUAAUCAGCAUCUUGUUCUUCUUCUCCGUUUCGCUCUUUCAUCCUACUACAUCCUUGCCCACCAACCCUUUUGCCUCUGUGGGAACAAUGUCUGAGAAAGCUGAGAAUUUGUUGAAUAACUUUGUGGAGACACUUGCAGAAAAUGCUCCAAAACAUAAAUCUGUAUCAUUUUUUAAGGAAGAAACUUCAGAUACAGUCUCUGCUCAAUUUAAUCGGUUGUUUGGUCGCCAGAAGCCUGUUCAUCACAUUUUGGGUGGUGGAAAAUCUGCUGAUGUGUUGUUGUGGAGGAACAAAAAGAUAUCAGCUAGUGUUUUAAGUGGUGCAACCGUUAUCUGGGUGAUCUUCGAAUGGCUUAACUAUAACUUCCUAACUAUUGUAUGCUUGUUUCUGGUUCUUGGUAUGCUUGCUCAAUUCAUUUGGUCAAAUGCAUCUGGCUUACUCAGCAGGUCUUCUUCUAAAGUUCCCCGCGUUGUUCUGCCAAAAGAGUUAUUUGUGAACGUUGCUGUCUCGGUUGGUAAUGAGGUCAAUCGAGCAUUGCAGUUCCUUCAGGAUGUCUCAUGUGGAGGGAAUUUGAAACAAAUGGUUGCGGUUAUAUUAGGCUUAUGGGCUGCUGCUAUGCUAGGAAGCUGGUGCAAUUUUCUCACUGUGCUAUAUGUUGGUUUCGUUGUGCUCCACACAUUUCCAGUUCUGUAUGAGAAGUACGACGAUCAGAUUGACAACUUCGUUUACCAGGUCUUAGAGCAGUUUCAGAGUCACUACCAAAAGCUAGAUGCUGGUAUUCUAAGCAAGAUCCCAAGAGGAAGCUUUAAGAUAAGGAAGCAUGAGUAGAUAUAUAAUAUCUAUCUAGUCUAGUUACAUAAAUAAACUAGAGUUAGUUACUUGGCCACUUCUUAUUUCUUCUCUUUUAUCAAAAAGAAAAAGAAAAAAAGGAAUCCCCUUCACAUUCACUGCUUUAGAAAAAAUGGUCCAAUUGAUGUAGUUUUAUGUUAAAUAACUAUUCAUAAUGUAGAACAUCCUUAUUAAUAUGUUGAUAAGUUGUCUUUUGUUCAAUGAAAAAACCACUUGGGGUUUACAUA